UGUAGAUGCUGUAAUGUAAACACAGAAGUAGCUGCUGCUAGAACUCUGCCAAGGACCUCUCACAGCUAUGGCUGAAAUGGAGGGACGUGAAAAGCCGCAGUUGGAUGAACAGCCAGUAGCACCUCCUGCACCACAGCCUCCAGCAUCUCAAGAUGACCCAACGGUCGAAACAGCUGAAGAAGCAGUUGAACCACCAGAAGCAGAUAUCAAUGAGCUCUGCAAAGACAUGUUUAACAAAAUGUCCUGCUAUCUCACUGGGGAACUACUAGCCACAUGUGAAGACUACAAGCUCUUAGAAAACAUGAAUAAACUAACAUGUUUGAAGUACAUGGAAAUCAAAGAUAUAUCAGAAAAUAUUAGAAAUCUCAAGGACCUGAACAAAACCUAUGCAAGUCUUCAGCCAUAUCUGGAACAAAUAAAUCAGAUUGAAGAACAAGUGGCAUCUUUGGAAAAUGCGGCUUAUAAACUAGAUGCCUAUUCAAAGCGACUAGAGGCAAAGUUUAAGAAACUGGAGAAGCGAGUACAUUUGGUAUUGCAAAGAGUACUCAGAUGCCAAAGGAGAAGAAACAAAUACAAAUAA